AUUCCUUUAGAGAAUAAUUACAAAGAACAAACAUUUAAAUAUAAACAACAUGAAAAAGAACUUACGGAAAAAUUGAAUCAAAUAAAACAACAACAAUUAAAUAAUGAUAAUGAUAAAUACAUGAGGAAAUUAUCGAGAAACAUUAACGAUAUGAGUAAAAAUACCAUUACUACUAAUAAUAAUAUUAUUAAUGAUACUGGACAAAUCUUUCCAAUCAUUAUUACAUCAUCUGAAGACGACAAAUACGAUAAAACAUCUUCGAUUGAACAAGAAGACAUCCAUAAAGAUCUGGAUGUUAUUAAUGAAGAUAACAAUGAUGACGAUGAAGAUUAUAUUGAUGAUGAAAUAGAUGAUGUACAAGAUGUAAAUAAUUAUCUAUCAAUAAAAUCAGUUCAUUCUUUCUCUACUACAACUAGUACAGACUAUACAUAUUAUCCUAAUGUACAUUCAAAUUACAACCAGAAAUCACAAAAUACAUCACCAUCACAACAUAAUUCACAUAUGAAUAAAAUUAAAGUAUACACAAAUAUGCCAGAUGCAGCGAUCAUUCAACAUAAUAACAAUAAUAGUUAUUAUUACGGUCGUCAGCAUACAACUUCUAAUGAAACUCAGAAGCUAACAUUCUAUCCUCAUCCGCCAGAAACAGAUAAUCAAUAUUUAACACCAAGUCAUUUGUAUGAUAAACCUUGCAAACUCGGUGAAGAUUUUUCAGAUAAACGUGGGAGAGGAAUGGAAGAAAGAAGAAACAGAGGAUUUUAUAGGAAAUGGAGAUACAAUACAUAUCAGCAACACCCAAAUCCAGCGAAUCUAAAUUUCGCAGAUGCAGUGCAUACGUUGGUAAAACAAGCCAAUGUUAUGGCUAAACGAAACAGAAUCAAUAAAUACUUACGCAGAAGUGCAAAAGACGUCGACUGGGAUACAAUUUCAUUUCAUAGAGUUAAUAUGAGUCCAAGAUCAAAUGGUCGUAAUACACGAUUUUAUGGUAAUAGUACAUCAAGUGAUCAGAAGGGUAAAAGAGUUUUGUAUGAUGAAAACCAUAUUGGUUAUAAAAACUUCCACUUAAAUUUACCAAGUAAUUAUCCAUUAGUUUCAUACGAUAUGCCACAGUGUAGUUCAACAAGAGAUGAUGAAACAGAUGAAAAUAAUUCGUUCAAUGAAGGAUUUCAUAUAAUUGAUUUAGAAAACCAUCAAGAUAGUCCAACAGUUUAUGACGAAGCAUAUGACCAACCUUAUGCAACACAUAUUGAAAGAUCUGCGUCAAUUCAUGAGAUAUGUCCAAAAAGUGAAGAUAAGCCUAAUAAUAAAUACAUUGUACAAAAAUCUCAAAAUACGUUAUGUCAUUCACCAUACAUGAUUCCAUGUGAACCUAAGAUAAAAUCUUAUGUUCAAAGUGUACAAAAUUUAAAUCAUAUCACUAGUGAUUUUAAUCAUAUCAACCCAUCCACUAGAUCAGAUCAAAUGAUCAACGUGAAUGAAAGUGAAGUCCAAUUUCCUCGUUUACUUAAAUCACCUACAACCAGUGAUGAUUUCAACCCAAUAUACUACCCUAUAAAACAUUAUAGGACAGGUUCACUAACUUUUUACCCAUGUCCACCACAUGAAACCUCUUCUCACUGUUCCAUGGAUCCAAGUGUUAAUGUUUCUGUUAAGCAUUCACAAUAA